AUAGUUUAGUCGCUUCAGUACUGGCUCCACUUGGGCGAGGACGAGGAGGCGGGUGCCGCGCCUGUGGCCUCGCCAUGUGCUCCCUCCCCCUCCUACCCUACUCCUCUCUCUUCCUCGGUAUCUACACGCCAAGAUCUCUCUCUCUGAUCUGAAGCUCUGAACAGUGGCCGCUGCUGCCAUUUGCGUCUGCUUCUCGGUCAACUUCUUCAGGUCUCUUGGCUGAAACCACCUUCCUGGUUCACAUUAAACUGUAAAGAUGGGGUGUGGCCCAUCAAUCCCCAAGAAGUACACGAUAGGCGGGAAGGGGCGAAAGCGCCGGAGCAUCAUUCAGGAGGUUGCAGUAUUCGUGCCUACUGUCCGCAUACCAGUGGCUUCUGACAUAGUCCAUCCCCUCAGAGGGGUGGUUUCUAAGGAUCUUGUCGACCGCCUCUCCUCACUCCGUGCUCAUGUGGUUGAACUGGCCGAAGAAAUCUAUUAUGCGGAUGUAUCAGCUGUUUCAGAGUUGCAACAUGCACUGGAGGAGUACUUGCCAGUAGUUCUCGGUCUAACAACGAAAGAGAGCCGCCUUGAAUCAUCUGUACAGUUCAGAUGGAAGACCUUAGAUGAUGAUCAGGAAUGUUUUUUGGCCAGCGCGUGGUAUGAGGUGCUGUCGGUCGUCCACAUGAUGGCGAUGCUUGCAUUAUUUGAGGCCAAUCUAACACUCAUUCCGAAGAACGGUCAAGUUGGCGGUGAAAGGAAGGUAUCAGAAGAUGCAAAGAAGGAUGUAGUUGAUUCAUUGCUCAGGGCAUCAGGAUGCUUAGACUACUCUGUGCAUCGCAUACUUGUUCAGAUACCUGCACAAGUCAAGAAGAGCUUUCCUAGUUACUUGCAGGAAGGUAUGCUUGAGGCCAUCUCAAUUCAGGCAUUGGCUCAGGUAGAUACCCCUGUUCUCCUUGUUUUUGGAUGUUAUGGUGCUGAAUUAGUAAUUAGCUUGUCCUGUCCAAACUGCAAAAAACAGUGUGUAGAAAUACAGCUUGGUCUGGCUUCUGAAUGUGAAAAGGCAACACUGUCAGUAAAGAGGAGGCUAGCCUGUGAGCAAGUCAGUUAUUUUUCACAGGCUCACUAUUGUCUGUCGGGUUGCGAUACAAGUGACUCAUAUGGGAAGAAGCUUCUGUUGUUCCUGAAGUGGAAAUGCAUGGAGGCCAAGGCUGUAGCAUAUUAUUACCAUGGUCUCGUACUCGACAAGGGUGGUGAACCGGCCAACCAUAUCAGCGCAGUCUGCUGCCUCUCUGCAGCUGAUGACCUACUCUCAGAGAGCAAAAGGGCUUGCUUGAGUUUCUGUUUGGCAAAUCCUGUCACAAGGGUACCACCUCCAUGGGGUGUCAUGAAGAACAUGCACAAGAAAAUUCCAGAUGUUGCGUACAAGAAGUUCCAAGUGUAUGGGCAUCUGUUUGAGAAAGACAAGAAUAGCUCACUUCAAUCGAUUCCUGAUCUACCAGAGUUUGCCCUGUCACUGAGACCGGAAGGGUACGAGUUGCCAAGCACUGAUUCAAUCUGGGAGAAUGUUAAUGGCCAACCUCAAAUUCAGAUCCUCAAGGAGCAUCUGGUUGAUGAUGAAGAUGAAGUAGAUACUAAGUAAUCCUAGCUACAAUUCCAUGUGCUUCCUCCCAUUGUACUGCAAAAAGUAGAAGUUAUAGUCUAGACUACAAAAAUGCUCAGUCCAAAAUGUUUUGGAUUCAGCAUAUGCCACAACCAAAAAAAGGAUCGCGAUAUCUUUCUGUAUAAUCUCAAGUAUUUACCAUCUGAUAUAGUAAACUCAUAGUGUGUAAUAGAAUCACAAAUAAUAGGAAAGAAUAGUUUGUUCUCUUACUGACA